CAAAAUAUCAAAGGCAAAGAAUUUCACAACACCGCGUAUCGUAUAAACACAAGUAAUUUUUAUUUAAAUAUCCCAAUAAUGUCUUUAACUCGCGCCUCUAAAUUACUCCAAACUCAGUUGACACGCAUUCAAAGUGUCCCAGCAGUUUUUUACCAUGAAAAUGUGGUGGAGCAUUAUGAGAACCCAAGAAAUGUAGGUUCACUUGACAAGAAGGAUCAAAGGGUUGGAACGGGUUUAGUUGGAGCGCCAGCAUGUGGCGAUGUCAUGAAGCUGCAAAUAAAAGUUGAUGAGAAUGGAAAAAUUGUCGACGCAAAAUUUAAAACUUUUGGUUGUGGUUCUGCUAUUGCUAGUAGUUCUUUAGCAACUGAGUGGGUAAAAGGCAAAACUAUUGAUGAAGCCGGAAAAUUAAAGAAUACUGAUAUAGCUAAAGAGUUAUGCCUUCCACCAGUGAAACUACAUUGUUCCAUGCUUGCUGAGGAUGCUAUUAAGGCAGCACUUGCUGAUUAUAAAAUAAAACAGCAAAAUAAUGAUUAAAUAUUUAAUCCGAAAUAUUGUUAAUGAAUUAAUUGUAGUUUAGAAGUGUUAAAUGGAAGAUCUUAAACAAUUUGAAGUCUUAGUUUACCAUAAUGGGAUCUUCCGGCUUUUGUUAUGCUUCAAAUGCUUACAAUAAUGCAGAAACUUAUCUUUAUGAAAUGUAUAAAUCACUGGAAGUCAGUUGUAAUUUGGGGACAGUGAUAAAUUGAAAACGUAUGCAAGUUGUAACAAAAUUAUGUCGAUGUUGAAAAUAUGUGAUGGAAUGUGAAACUAUAUUUAAAGACUAUGAUAUUUACGCAAUAAACGUAUUAAAAUAAA